GGGAACACGAUAUUUCUUGGACUUGGUGCAUCGGGAUUGCCAGUGACGAAACCGUAUGGCUGGCUUCGGUCGUUGGUUGCCAUCAUCUCAUUCACUGUCGGCUGUUUCUCAUUCUCUCUGAUGCGGAAUUCGAGGCCACGAAGUCGUGGCAUGCUGUCCCUAUUGUUCAUGAUACAAGGAGCUCUUCUGACAGUAGCGGCUGUGCUUGUGCAGACCAAGGUGGUGCCGGACACAUCAGAAGGUUCCGAAUCAAUGAAAGUUCUGAUUGCUUUGGUCUUCUUGGGAUUCCAGGCUGGUGGACAGGUUUGGGCAAGUGAAGUUCUAGGCUUCAAGGAAAUCCCGACCACGGUUUUGACCAGUGUUUACUUUGGCCUUGCUUCAGACGUCAGGUUUCUACAUGGACUGAGUAAGAAUCCUUCCAGGAAUCGACGGUUGGGAGCAAUUUGUGCCUUGCUUUUGGGUGCCAUCUCAGGCGGUUGGCUUAGUCGAAGUCGAGCAGGGAUACCAGGGGUCUUUUUCGUUGCCGCUGGUGUGAAGUUCAUCAUAUCCGCGGCAUGGUUGACUUGGUCCGCGCAUCCC